UGAGUUUUUGAAAUAAACGGCAAUUUAUAGAAGUCACUAAAAUAAUUUGCUUCUAAAAUGCAACAUUUCUCAUUUUUCACCCUUUAAUGCAAUAUGCAUGCCUCUUUAAGCAAAAUGGCAAUACCAUACUUCAAAGUCUAGCUAGUUUGGUAAUUUCAAGUUUCAACGUACCCCCUUAAACUAUGUGCACCGUCCACAGGGCGAUUAUAAUUAUUCCUUUGUCAAAUUACUGAUCAUCAUUAGCAAGGGAUGGAAUAAGAGGUCCAACUAACAUCUCUCGUAUUAAAUUGAGUUGAUCAUCAGAAGACGAACAGCUUCUGCUUUUCAUUCUUCUCCUUCUUCCUAGCUUGCUGAGCUUCAUCAAGUUUUGCCAGAAAACCCAGAUCGAUGGACUGCGUUGUGUGUACAUCAGUGCCAGUAAUACUGAGGCCUCCCAGGAAUACAAUAUGUGGGGCUUGCUAUGAGGGAGCUAGGAGCAUAAUCAACCUCAUAAACAAGCUUGAAAGUGAGAAGAAAGGAAGUGAUACCAGUCCACCAAAUUCCUGUAAGACACUCGUAGAUGUUUCGCGUUGGGUUUCGGAUAGGAAGGAUAUAGAAAAUGUACUAAAAGAGGAAGCAAGCUUUCUUAGGACUGGUUUCUUUACAGCACUUAAGGAUCAAAUUCACACAGAUAUACAGCUCAAGCCAGCCAAUAAUGGCCUUUCCCUGCCCGCGCAUAGAGCCUUACUGGCAGCAAGAUCACAAAUCUUUAAGAAUAUGCUAGACUCAGAUGUAUGUAAAGCGGCACCAACGGACACCAUAACGCUGUCGGAGUUGAACUACGAAGAGCUCGAGUGUCUUGUGGAGUUUCUCUAUACUGGGAGCUUGUCUAAAGAGAAGAUGGAGAAGCAUGUAUACUCUUUGUCAGUAGCAGCAGACAAGUACGAAAUCUCGUACUUACAGAAGUUUUGUGAGCGUCAAAUGCUUAGGUCUUUGAAUUCAUCCAAUGCUCUUGAUGUUUUAGAGAUCUCUGAUAUUUGUUCUUACAUAUCCCUGAAGGAGACAGCUUUGAACUUCAUUGUCAAAAACAUGGAGGAUAUAGCCUUCUCGGCUAGAUAUGAUCAAUUUGCACUCAAGAGCCCGCAUCUCUGUGUGCAAAUAACAAGGGCAUCAUUGAUGGAAGCCAAAAAGAAAAUGAUUUCAUUGUAAGGGAAUUACUGGACAGAAUUAUGAACAUGAGCUAGGUGGAUUAAUCUUUCUAUUCUUAGAGCUAUUGACUAUUGAGUCUUCUUUAUAACAACAAAAUACAUAUACGGGUACUUCUUUGUGGAUGA